GAAGAACAUUUUCACAGAUCGUGUUUGCUGUUUGUCAAAGAACAACUUCGAGAUGAAGAAUCUUUUGGUCGUCGUCUGUUUUGUGCUCGCUAUUUCAGUAAUUCGCGGAGAUUUCAUCGACAGUUACUUGGAAGCCUCGAAAGACCAAAUUAUAACAUGCGGCAAAGAACACGGAUAUACCGAACAGGUACCACGAGAGAUAUUCGAAAAAGAUACGCAGAAGGGAGCGGACGAAGUUUCUUGCCUGCGAUCAUGCGUGUUGAAAUCACUGGGCAUGAUGAACGACUCGAAGUUCAAUCUGGAGAAAUUGAACGACUUCAUCAAGAGUGUGCACGCUGAUCAACCAGAAAAGGUGAAACCUUUGGAAAAAGCUGCAAGCGAAUGUGCCGAUAAAGUUAAAAACAUCUCAGACGAAUGCAAACUGGCGUUCUCCUACAUAGAAUGUUUCCUGAGCAAAAAUUAAAAAUAUUCCAUCGAGGUUCCCCAAAAACGUUGCUAAAAACAUGACAAACUUACAGCGAGCCUCUGAAUUCUUCAAAUUUGUAUAAAUUCGUAUUUGGAACAAAAUAUACAUAUAUAUUUCAAUAUUAAUA